AACCAAGUACUAUCGACAGUUGGAAAUACCUCGAAACCAAGUGUACGGUUGAAGACUGGAGGUUGGCUGGCCUUAAAGCUUUGGCCUUUAUGAACAGUAGGCAAGUGGAAGCACAGCACACUGACUGGGAACUGGAGGGCAAUUUGGGAAAGCAAAGAUAGACACACACAGCAGCAGCAACUAGGCAACCAAAGUCUUCAGCUUGGUUUGGCUUUUGGGUGACUCGGUCAGUGUUUGAGCAGUCAAGAACAAGGAAAAUGAUUUGAUAGUAACGUAUAUUUACACCAAGUAUUUCUAUAAUUGUAUUGCUUCUGUUGUUGUUGUAGUUGUUAUCUCUGCCUCCUUGCCUUUGCCUUUGCCUUCUGCUAGUCUUCUUUUCAAACCAAUCCUAAACCCCGCCCUCCCCCUUUUUUCCAACCACAACUCUCUCUCUCCGUGUCUGUUGAAAACCCACUUGUUGUUGCAUCAUUUUCUUCAUCCUAACUCCAACUGAUUAGAAAAUGAGAUCAAGAUUCUAACAAAUUUUAUCUCUUUCUGUAUAACCCAUCUAUUUGCAUGCCGUUUUUCUCUCUUUUUUCACUCUUCCCUUUUUCAAUUCACUCUCUUUAGUUGUGAUAGUAUUUCAAUGGAGGCAUCAGAGAAUUGCUGUGUCAAGGUAGCCCUUCACAUUAGACCGCUUAUUGAUGAUGAACGCCUUCAGGGUUGUAAGGAAUGUGUUACUGUCACACCCGGAAAGCCUCAGAUAAAAAUUGGCCCACAUUCUUUUACAUUUGAUCAUGUCUAUGGAAGUGGUGGAGCUCCAUCACCUGCCAUAUUUGAAGAUUGCAUUUCUCCACUUAUUCAUGGUUUAUUCCAAGGAUACAAUGCUACUGUACUCGCUUACGGUCAGACAGGAUCUGGAAAGACAUAUACCAUGGGAACUGGCUCUGGAGAUGGCUGCCAGACAGGGCUGAUUCCUCAAGUUAUGAAUGCAUUGUUCAACAAGAUUGAAAUAUUGAAGCAUCAAACAGAAUUCCAAAUGCAAGUUUCCUAUAUUGAGAUUCUGAACGAAGAAGUGUGUGACUUGUUGGAUUCUCUAUCUAUGAAAAUGGAGACUACAAAUGGACAUGCUGCAAAAGUUGUAAGGCAUCCGAUACAAAUUCGUGAAAAAUCAAAUGGAGCUAUAACACUAGCAGGAUUAACUGAAGUUGCUGUAAAUUCGUUACAAGAAAUGGCCACUUGCCUGGAUCAAGGAUCAUUAAACAGAGCAACGGGAAGUACAAACAUGAACAACCAAUCUAGUCGAUCACAUGCCAUCUUCACAAUCACAUUAGAACAGAUGCGAAAAAUCAGUUCAGCUUUUCCCGGGAAUGACACUCCAGAUGAGGAUAUGGGUGAAGAGUAUUUUUGCGCAAAGCUCCAUUUGGUAGAUCUUGCUGGAUCCGAACGAGCAAAGAGAACAGGUUCCGAUGGUCUUCGACUAAAAGAAGGUAUACAUAUUAACAAGGGACUUCUUGCACUUGGUAAUGUCAUCAGUGCAUUGGGGGAUGAGAAAAAGCGGAAAGAAGGUGUGCAUGUCCCUUACCGAGACAGUAAACUGACCCGACUUUUGCAGGACUCACUUGGUGGAAACAGCAAAACUGUAAUGAUAGCUUGCAUCAGUCCUGCCGAUAUCAAUGCCGAGGAAAGUCUUAACACUCUGAAAUAUGCAAAUCGUGCUCGUAAUAUCCAGAACAAGCCUAUUGUUAAUAGAGAUGUGAUAUCCAAUGAGAUGCAAAAGAUGCAAGAGCAGCUAAAAUUAUUGCAGGCAGAGCUUUGCGCUCGUGGUGGAGCUCCAUCAGAUGAAGUGCUGGUUCUCAAGGAAAGGAUUGCUUGGCUUGAGGCUACCAAUGAGAAUCUUUGUCGAGAACUUCAUGGAUACCGCAGCAGAUGCGCUGUUGUGCAGCAGUUUGAAACAGAUGUGCAAGUAUGUCAUCGAAAUUUUACUGUUUAUGUCUUUCAUACGUGA